CUGAAGUAAUAGCUGUGACUGGAGAGGCUCUGCGUACUUUUGUUUAUCAUGAAAUUUUGAUAGGAUACCUAGAGUAUUGCAAGAAGCGAGGGUUCACUUCACUAGUAUCCAUAUGGGCUUGCCCGCCACUGAAGCAAGAUGAUGAUUAUAUUUUGUACUGCCACCCUAAGAUACAGAAGGUGCCCAAACCUGUGAAACUUCGUGAAUGGUAUCAAACGAUAAUUCAGAAGGCUGUGAAGUAGAAAAUUGUUGCAGAGCACACUAACUUAUACGAUCAUUUCUUCGUAAAAGCUAAUUAUUGCAAGGCUAAAAUCACUGCCUCACGUUUGCCGUAUUUUGAUGGCGAUUACUGGCCAGGACAAGCAGAUAUUCUCCUACAAAGUGAGAGUUGUAGUAAGCCUCGGAAAAAAAAGGAAGAAAGGAAGGAAAUGAUAGAGUUCUGUGGGAUUCCAGAUGUGAGGCUUCAAUAGACAAUCCGAAAGAGAUUCUACUGAUGUACAAGCUUGGAAAUAACAUCUGCGCAUCAAAAGAAAUCAUUGCCCAUCUGUGGUAUGUCUGCAAGCAUUGUUGUCAUCCUAUUUUGUAUGAAAAGCAAUGGGUUUGCAGUGUUUGCAAGAACUUUCAUAUUUGUGAAAAGUGUUUUCUUUUAGAGCAGAAGCUGAAGAAGAAAUAUAGACACCCUUAUGGCAAAAGUGAAUUGCUAUUAUUUCAUGGAGCUCAGGUGGAUAACAUUCCAGCGUGUACUAUUGAUGAUGACGAUGAAACUAUUCAGAGCAAAAUAUUUGACACAAGAUCUAUGUUCUUGAGUCAUUGUCGGAGUAAUCAUUACCAAUUUGAUACUCUUCGAAAAGCAAAACAUUCGAUUAUGAUGAUUCUUUAUAAUCUGCAUAAUCAAUUUUCUCCUUCGAUAUCUGCUGGCAUUGGGUGCUGGAGGGACAUAGAAACACCUGUGGCCACUGUGACUGAUAAUACUUCACAGCUGACCAAUCAAAGCAAGCAAGUACAGUCUUUUCAGGAAUUCUCCGGUGCUGCUUUCUUAUAUGCCUCCAACUGUGUUGUCCCUAGGUGCACAUCCCCACAUCGUCGGAAGCUCAAAGAUCUCUUCCAUCAUGGUACAAAAUGUGAAACUCGUGCGAGUGGAGGAUGUAAAUUUUGUCGGAUAAUCUGGUACAUUCUCCGCAUCCAUGCGCAAUCUUGUGCUGAACCAAAAUGCCAUGUUCCUCACUGCAAGAAUUGGAAAGAGCACUUGAGGAAGAAGCAGCUGGUGGAGGAUUCUCAGCAGAAGCUGGAAGAUCAUCGCCUUCAGACGGGAGGAGAGCAGAGAAUGAGAGAAGAUAAUUAGGCAGAAAUUUUUUUAUGAUCUUCAAGCCAAUGCCUGACUCUAGGUCCUUCAAAAGUUGUACAGAAACAAUUCUUUCAUUUGGUUCAGAGAUGCCAGAUGCAGUCAUCACCAUGAUUUUUUCCCCCUUAAGAGGAUAGUAUUUAUUCAUUUUGUAAAUUAAUAACUGGAUAAGCAUAGAAUUUGAUUGAUUCUUGUAUAGAUUAAUCAAAAAGUUGAUGCUCAGAGACGGAGGUGCCUGGGAGGUGUCUGAUGGCUAAAAUUUCAUUGAGGAAAUUCUUUGUUUUGAACAAAUAAAUUGGGACACUAAUUUGUAAUAUAUUAUAUGAAUAAUUUUUUUUAAAUAUUUGUUAAGCUUGUG